GUUAGUACGCGAAGCUGUCGUUUCGUUUGUUCGGCUGUGCUCGGCAAACUUCGGUUUCGUAGUUUGCCUGUGGUAGGGGUAACCCGGAUUGAACAUAGAACGAUAGACGAAGAAAGAGAGAGAGAAAGCAAGAUAGAAAUCAGACCAGGACGGUGCAGAGAGCGAAGACCAACGUGUCUCCUCUCGUGCAUGCGUUCGCCCGCGAACAGGACGGGACGGUGUGUGCGUGCAACACAGAGAGACAGACAGAAGCACGUACGUAUGCAUGGCGCGGUGAGAAACGUGUUACGAACAGUGACAGACAAGAUGGCGGUGUGCCUUGUGCGGUGAUAGCAACAGUGAUACACAAUAGCACAAUAAAAAAAAAAAAAGAUUAAAUAGUGGAGCGAAAGAGGUUAGGUAAAAAGGUUGGCAGCUGGAUAGUAUGGAACCAGCUCUUACAUCGACCACGAGACGUCGCGGUCAUCAACAUCAUCCGCGACACGCUACGCGCCGACGUCUCGAUACUUCCAGCAGAGGACCCGCGCAGUGUGGCCCUGCUGAUAUCAUUAAAGACACACCGAUUGGAAACAACGAAACGCCAGCAGCAACUACAACGUCAUCGAGGCUCGACGAAAAGAGGAAUGUCAUCGGUACCGUUUGCUCGACCGCGGUGACAGUGCCCACGAUCGUUGGCGCGAGGUGGCUCAGAGAUCCGACGGUCACCGCCAACGCGAAAGACGCAUCGUCCAACGAAAACAGCGAGAAGACAAAGAAGACGAAGCUCGAAGACGAUGAGAGACAGGAGAACGUCCGACACAGGCUCGCGCAGUGUAGCCUGGACGUUCUCAGUGAACAACGCGAGCAAUUCGUUCGCGACAACAAACACGAGAACGACAGCUAUGAGACGGAGCAUGCAUCAACCGACAGGUCUCGAACGAAACCACGUGGGAACGAAACGACAGGCGAGAACAAAUCCGACGACGAGACAAAAAACAACGAGAACUCGCCGGAGCCCGAGCACGCGGUCGCGAGGGCUCGCGGUGACGGAAACUCCGACGACGAGUCGACGAACGUCGAGGAGGAUCCAGAACUCGCUGAACUUGCUAAGCUCAGAUGUCCCAGCGAAAGAACCGAGGUGCAAGCUGAAAGAGAGGCAAGGAGAAGAAAGAGAUGCGCCGAUUAUCCAGGAUUAGCCUUCGGAUGGUCCAUAUUCUCCAGCGACACAAUGAUGAAAUUCGGUCUCAUAAGGAACGAAUUGCAGAAUAUUAUGGGGAACCAGCUGAAACGGGCUGAGUCCGAAGUAGCCGCCCUGAAUCGUCGUAUCCAAUUGCUGGAGGAGGACCUCGAGAGAUCGGAGGAACGUCUCGCAACGGCCACUGCUAAAUUGGCAGAGGCGUCGCAGGCUGCGGAUGAGAGCGAACGAGCCCGCAAGAUUCUCGAGAAUCGCAGCUUGGCCGACGAAGAGCGUAUGGACGCCCUCGAGAAUCAGCUGAAGGAGGCCAGGUUCCUCGCUGAAGAGGCUGACAAGAAAUACGAUGAGGUCGCCCGUAAAUUGGCCAUGGUUGAGGCCGAUCUAGAACGUGCCGAGGAACGUGCCGAGGCCGGAGAGUCGAAGAUCGUCGAGCUUGAGGAGGAGCUGCGCGUAGUUGGCAACAACCUGAAGUCCCUCGAGGUCUCCGAAGAGAAGGCAACGCAAAGAGAGGAGACUUUCGUGGGCCAGGUGAAGAUUUUGGAUAGUCAGUUGAAGGAGGCUGAAGCUCGUGCCGAGUUCGCAGAAAGAUCCGUGCAGAAGUUGCAGAAGGAGGUCGACAGGCUCGAAGACGUGGUGGUAAACGAGCGCUGUAAGUACAAAGCGAUCGCCGACGAGAUGGAUCAGACGUUCGCCGACCUGGCCGGAUAUUAGCAGACGGGCUAAAAAAAUAUUCUCUCUGCGACGACACGCGUGCACAGUUCACGCGUGUACACGCACGCAUAUUACACUUCUCUGAAUACAUGUAUCGUUUUAAUGAGAAUGGGAAAUUGAAAAGAGAAAGGGAAACGAUCACGCUACGUUUAAAGAAACACUGCCAGCACGCGGAUCCUUCGACGCACGACGCCCAGAGAAAAAAAAAAGCCUUGAUCCUCGAUCAGGACGAAGAGGACGCGACGCAAGAUCUACACAGCCACCGGGACGCUCGAUGGAUUACGUUACAAGAGUCAAUUAAUUAGUUCAUUCGCUUUUUCCACCGUUUUGUUUCAUUUUGACAGAUUGUGAUUGAGUAGGGGGGGAGGAAAAAUAGAAGAAGGCGAAAAAGUUAGACUGAUUUUCUGUUGGGAACAAAGGUUCAAAAUAGUUGUUCGUCUACUUGGCUUUUCAGCGUUAUUGUUGCUUCGUUUUGGUCAGGAAUUAGAAAGGUAAACCAGAACAGGGGGUGAUUAGAAUUCAGAGAUUUAGAAGACAUUCGGAAGAGAAAUUAAAGAAAUUUAGAACGAUUUUAGUGGAGGAUGUCGUGAGCAGUUUUAAAAAUUUUAUACAUGCGGGUUUUCAGUUUGAACCUGUCGCUUGUGAUUAAAAAAAGAUAGAGGGUUAGAAUCUCUACUCGGAGGAGAAGUGAAUCUUCACGUUCGCAACGAUCGAACAUUUUUUCUUUAUCGUUUGUUUAUAAAUUUUUAUUAUAUCACGCAAAGAAUAAAAAAAAAGAGAGAUGUUACUUUCAUUUAAUUUUCGUUGAACCUUGGAAUCGAGUAAUAUGAUUUAACAUUUAGCAAGUAGAAUUUAGAUUUCAAUAGCCGUAUAUACUCGGAUUGAAUUUCUCUUCUUUUUCUGCACUAUUUCUUGUAACGAUUACCUUCGAAAUCUUUUAUACUCGUAGCUUUAAUCAUAGGUUCGUACAAUUCAAGUUUUAUCAUUCCCAUUAAAACUGAUCGAGUACAAACAUUCCUUUGGUCUUUAACUUGGCGUAGUUCAACGAUUAUCAACAACAAGUAUCGAGAUCGAUGCUCCGUAGCUGUGUAGGCGUUCAUUCAAGCAGCUCACCCCUAAUCGCGAAUCCAUCCAUAUCCAAAAAUAUCGUGUACGAUCCUCUAUAUCCGUCAGCAACACACAUUUUAUCGCGAAGUUCAACUUGUGCAGCCAGAUUGACAGUUGUUCGUCUCGAGUUACUCGCCAUCGAGUUCACCGUGAAUGAGAAAACAGCCUCGUUUCGUAUCAAGGAAAGCCUUUGUGUAUAAUCGAGAAUGCUGGUCCAGAGAGAAUAGCCGACGUUCGAUACUCGACAGAUUGAAAUGGAAAUGAGAAUAGAUGAAAUAAGACGAAGUAUAAAAUUCGAAGAGAGAGGGAAAAAAAGAGGAAUGUUAGACGAGCGCGAAUAAAAUAAUUGGCGGACUUUUAGGAGGAAUAUUUUUCUUCGUCCCGUAUUGUAAUAUGUACGCAUUAAAAAUUGGAAACAAAAAGUCUGGCAAACGAUUCUUUGGAGUUGGACGAAUAGUUGGGAAAUAAUCGCGUUGAGUGUUUUAUAUCGAAUAAUAACGUUGGAAGAAUUUAUUGUCCGCGAUUUUGUGGAUUGUACGUUGCGAUUGUAGACUGCCAAUUAUGAAUAUCAGGACAUAGGUUUUACUUGUAACAGUUAGCACGUACAAUAAACAGAUUGUGAAUCUUCACACGAAAUAUAUGCAAGAAUAUAAAUAAAAUAUCGAAAGUACGACAUACGUAACUUCAUACUUUAAUUACACUUGCGAAAAUUUGCAGCGAAAGAUUUAUAAUAUAAAAUAUCUCGAAAGAGAAAACGCGAAGAAGCGUUUGACUCGCUUGAAAUUUAAUUAUCAACCUCGGUGUCCUAAUAUUUGUGGCUGGCAGUGUACGUUUAUUCCGUUCUUUCACCGAUGUGGCAAAGCAGUGCGGUCUGUGGAUCGAUAGUAUCGUCUGUCUGACAUCAAUUGAUGUUCCAAGGCCAUUCGAAUGUAGAGCAAUCUCCGCUGCACUCGAUUGUCUUGAUAUGUCAUCCUCCAAGAUUUUCCAAUUGAAUUAUUGAAUCUGAAAAACCGAAUCUCGUUUCUCAUCAAUGUCAAGCGUGUUCCCGCGGAAACAUUGUUUUCAAGUUGAAAGAGUAUUGAAGCAACGGCCUUGAAACGGUUCACUAGAUUUCGGACAGACUCUUUCAACGUCAAUUCAGCGUUAAAUUCAAUUAUCGUUUCGCGAUCGUUGGCGCCUUUUGCUUCUUUGCUUUCGUGUCUCGUGAUGUCGCAAUUGUUUUUUCGCUUUCGGCUGAGAGAGAAUAAUUUUCCCGAGGGAAGAUUGUAUCAUUUGCGCCAAUUAGUUAAAAAAGCGACGCGUCGGUCUUUUAAUUAAAUCGAGAUCUCUUUCGUUAACGUUCGCGUAAUUGAUUUGCGUGUAAUCGUCGCCGAAUGAUAAUUUUCAAUCUGCUCGUUGGAAAGAGAAAUCUCGGUGAUUAAAUGAUAAAGAACGAGAAAACGAGGAAAGUGAUAGGGAGCUGAUACAAUUGAGAAAUGCACUCAGUUAUUUCAACAAUUUCAACGAUUGAAUUUCCGAGUUUCUCUCGGCAAUUAACGAGACGAUGUCGAGACAUUGCUGAGAUCUAACUGCGAGAGGCUUCGUAUAACAAAGUUGGGCAUUAUUCGUGAUGAUCUUUCGAAUCGUUCCAUAUAAAUAUAAACAAAUAUAAGUCGCUGCAUUUCCUUCGUACGAGCGCAUUUUAAUCGCUUUUCGCGCUCAAUUCUCUCGCGUGUUCACUCAUCGAGCCAAACAUUGCCCGGGGUUUGUUUAAAGAAAGAAAAAAAAAAAAAGGAAAAGAGAAACAAGCCCCACAACCUGAGAACGUGCACUCAGCACUGCGCUACAGUUUACCCCUUUUACUGUACUUAUAUCACUUUCAAUAAAUGUGCAUUUUUUAUAUUUGAA